CUAGGUCUGGGGAAGGGAUUUGCCGACGUACCCGGAAGUGUUUUCAAGGUUCCUUCAGGUUCGGGUAGUGGCGCGGCGGCGGGUUCUGGGAGCCAAGGCAACCGAGAUCUUCCCAGGCUCGCGAGAGCGCCCCCUUCUCCCGCUGCUGCGGGGACCCAGCGGCAGCGAUGGCUCCGGUUUCCGGCUCGCGCAGCCCGGAACGGGAGGCCUCGGGCUCUGGGGGGAGGCGUCGCAGUCCGUCGAAGAGCCCUAAGCCCAGCAAAUCCGCCCGCUCCCCGCGGGGCCGCCGCUCUCGCUCGCACUCUUGCUCUCGGUCCGGGGACCGGAACGGCCUCAGCCAUCAGCUGAGUGGCCUCAGCCAAGGCUCCCGAAACCAGUCCUACAGAUCCCGCUCGCGCUCCCGCUCCCGCGAGCGGCCCUCUGCGCCGCGGGGCAACCCUUUCGCUUCUGCCUCCUCGUCCGCCUAUUAUGGCGGCUACUCACGCCCCUACGGGAAUGACAAGCCGUGGCCUAGCCUCCUGGACAAGGAGAGGGAGGAGAGUCUACGGCAGAAGAGAUUAAGUGAGAGAGAGAGAAUUGGAGAAUUGGGAGCUCCUGAAGUAUGGGGACUUUCUCCAAAGAAUCCAGAACCAGACUCUGAUGAACAUACACCAGUAGAGGAUGAAGAACCAAAGAAAAGCACCACUUCAGCUUCUUCUUCAGAAGAAGAAAAGAAGAAGAAGAAGAAGUCUAGUCAUUCAAAAGAAAGAUCCAGGAAAAGGAGAAAGAAAAAAUCAUCUAAAAGAAAACACAAGAAGUAUUCUGACAACAGUGACAGUGACUCUGAUUCUGAAACAGACUCCAGUGAUGAAGAUGCGAAAAGGAGAGCAAAGAAAGCCAAGAAAAAGGAAAAGAAGAAGAAACGCAGAUCAAAGAAAUACAAGAAAAAGAAGUCUAAGAAGAGCAGAAAAGAUUCCAGUGAUUCAAGCUCUAAAGAUUCCCAAGAAGAGUUUCUGGAGAAUCCCUGGAAGGAUCGGUCAAAGCCUGAAGAACCCUCAGAUUUAAUUGGCCCAGAGGCUCCAAAAACACUUGCCUCUCAAGAUGAUAAACCUCUGAACUAUGGCCAUGCUCUGUUACCUGGUGAAGGUGCAGCUAUGGCUGAAUAUGUAAAAGCUGGAAAACGUAUCCCACGAAGAGGUGAAAUUGGCUUGACAAGUGAAGAAAUUGCAUCAUUUGAAUGCUCGGGUUACGUAAUGAGUGGUAGCAGGCAUCGCCGAAUGGAGGCUGUGCGACUGCGAAAAGAGAACCAGAUCUAUAGUGCUGAUGAGAAGAGAGCCCUUGCGUCCUUUAACCAAGAAGAGAGACGAAAGAGAGAAAACAAGAUUCUGGCCAGUUUUCGAGAGAUGGUAUACAGAAAAACUAAAGGGAAAGAUGACAAAUAAUGAUUUUCUGAUUGUUCAGCAGACAUUUUUAACAACAAAAAAGAAAGUCUGGGUUCCAUAUAUCCAUACAAAAAGAUUAUUAUGAUCCGAAAAUGCUUUACAGUGCUACUGUGCCUUCUAUUUAAUUUUUUUAGUCAUUGAAUAAAAACCUGCUUAUUGAUGUAACUUUAGCAAGUUCUUUGGGUUAUUUUGGAUUGACCAUAAUAACUUUCUGGUUUAAAAAUCCAAAUUAUGAGUGAAACCCUACUAUAUUGGGGGAGGUGGCAUUGAGAGAAAGCAUCAGUGAGAUGUGAGAAACCAAACUCUCACACCGUGGGACAGUGCUACUAUCAGCUCGACAUGAUACCCCCCCAACCCCACCCCAACUGAACUUGUGGGAGAUUAUCAUUCCUCUUUGUUGAAUGUGUGAUAAAUGGACUUGACAGAAACAUACAGGAGGCCACUUUUGUUAACAAAAUGAAGGCAUUGCUGAAAAAAGCAAAUCUGGAAUUUGGAGAUUGACUUGUAUAAUAUAUAACCUGCCCUGGAAAUAAUGUAUUUUGGUUUUAGUCCCUACCUCCAUCCC